AUGUUUGCUGAGGACACUGGGUGGAGCAGCCGGCAUUCAGACGAAGGCAGACUUCUGGCCGUCUCGGUAGCCACGAAGGAGCUUGGUGAGAAGGCUGCUUCGGUGGACGUUGGUGCCGCGGGCGACGCGGUGGGUUUCAAGGAUGAACAGAUUGCUCCCCAGCCCGUCAGCAAGGCGUCAUCGGUACUGAUGGUCCUGGUUGGUGGUCUGGCCUUGUUUUCUGAUGGCUACAAUGCCCAAACUGUCGGCUACAUGAACACUGUGCUGUCGCAGCUACACCCCGAGGAAUACACCAAGGACGUGAAAACCAGAGUGUCCAACGCCUUUCCGAUCGGGGAAGUGUUUGGGAUGUUGUUCUCCGGCUGGGCAAUCGACAGGCUCGGCAGACGCAACGGCAUCUUCUGGGCCACCCUCUUCCUCGUCCUGGGCUUGGUUCUGUCCGCUGCGGCCCAUGGUACCACACUGGGCGGCAUGUUUUGGAUGAUGAUUGUCGGACGCGGUGUAGCUGGGUUCGGGGCUGGAGGUGAGUGA